CUCCAUUUCCACCAAGUUUCCUCACAACUUGUCCUUCUUUUUUUUUUUCUUUUUUAAUUCUCUCUCCCUGUCUCUUUUUCUCUAUAUAUAUUCACACGCCCAAUUCAACGAACAAUUGAUAGAGGAGCCAGCAUAGCUUUUUUUUUCUUUGUUUCUUGGUCAAUCUGAGACAGCUUUGAGCCGGUCGAAACUUGAAUUUUGCUUGCUCGGAAUACGGCGGCUAUGGAUUUUUCUUCAUGGAGAAGCACUCGCUUGGAUCUUAACGCCAAUCCCAUCCGGGUUCUCGAGGAUGCUUCGAACAAAGAGGAGGAAAGCAAUAAUUUUGUCGACUUUGGAAGGAAGGUUUCUGUAAAAGAAGAGAGUGGGGCUUUAGUGGAGGAGAUGAACCGCGUGAGCGCAGAAAAUAAGAAGCUGACGGAAAUGUUAACGGUGAUGUGCGAGAAUUACAAUGCUCUGAGGGGACAAUUGACGGAGUAUAUGAGCAAGAACUCUGAAAAGGAGCUUAUAAGCGAAUCAAGGAAAAGGAAGUCAGAAAGCAGCAACACCAAUAAUGUCAAUGGAGUUCGUGGAAAUUCAGAGAGCAGCUCAACUGAUGAGGAAUUGCCAUCCAAGAAACCCAAAGAAGAAACCAUUAAGGCAAAGAUUUCCAAGGCUUAUGUCAGAACUGAAGCAUCCGAUUCCAGCCUUGUUGUGAAGGAUGGAUAUCAAUGGAGGAAAUAUGGUCAGAAGGUGACCAGAGACAAUCCCUGUCCUAGAGCUUACUUCAAAUGUUCUUUUGCUCCAAGCUGCCCCGUUAAAAAGAAGGUGCAAAGAAGCGUGGAAGACCAAUCUGUGUUGGUUGCAACCUACGAAGGGGAGCACAACCAUCCCAACCCUACUCAGCUGGAGGCAACAUCUGGCUCGAACCGCUGCGUGACCAUCGGUUCACUCCCUUGCUCGGCGCCUCUCAACUCGGCUGCAACGACAGCCCUCACAACUCUUGACUUGACAAUUAAAGCGAAACCCAACAGUGAUAUUGCCAAGCAAUCAAAACCCAGAAUGGAUUCGCCGGAAGUGAGACACUUCUUGGUGGAGCAGAUGGCUUCUUCCUUGACGAAAGAUCCCAAUUUCACAGCAGCUCUUGCCGCAGCCAUUUCGGGAAGAAUUCUACACCAAAAUACAACAGAAAAAUGGUGAAGAAAUUAUUGUAUUGAAAUAGCUUUGUAUGGGUAUUUAGAGGAUUAGGAUCGAUGUUUAUGUAAAUACAACAUUGGGAAGAUCGAGGGAAAGAAGAUCUAGCUAGCUAGGAACAUAUAAUUGUUGAACCUCGGACUAAAUUAAGAAUACUGUCUACUGAAACAGUAAAACACUUGAAGAGUCUGGUUCUGGUGCUCAAUCAUGGCCUCUUUAUACAUCGUUUCACAUCCUACUAUGGAUAUUUCUUGAACCUUGAUAACAAUGGAAAA